AUGGUGCCUUGGCAAUGGGAGGAACUUCUUCAGGCUCUGUCUGGGGUUCGGAGGGUUUUAACUGCAACGAUUGUCAGGUGGGCUUUCCCUCCGACGGGCUGCUACAAGUUAAACACUGAUGGGUGUGCCACGGCGGAAGCUCGUGCUCUCCUUUUGGGGCUGCAACUGGGCCGCCAAGUAAGGGUCCCUCAGCUAAUUGUUGAAUCUGACUGUCUGGCUCUGAUUAAGUGUUUAAGGAAGGAAUGGGGAGUUCCCGCAGGGAUUCGGCCUAUUGUUCGUGCUAUUUGGAUGGGUGAGUCAAGUUCUCACUGCUUCUUUCAUUGCUACCGGGAAGGGAAUACAGUGGCGGAUUCGCUAGCAGCAUAUGGGGCCUUGUUUCGACAACCUGUCAAUAUUUUAUGUGGGGAACGAGUUCAACAUGCUUCAUCAUCUUUGCAAGAGGAAUUAGAUAUGAAUCAGUUCGCUAAUUCAGACACUUUAUUAGAUUCAGAAAUGGAUACUUCAUGCAAUAAUGUACCUAAUUAUGAACGAAGAGACAUUCCUAAACGUACAUUUUUUGAACGUUGGGAUUUUGGAUUUCCUUCGCAUACAUGUCCUUAUUGUGGAGCAAUUUUAUGGUAUGAAGAGAGAACCAUAAAAUCUCAACAUGUUGCUUCUCCAAGAUUUUCAAUCUGUUGUCAAGAAGGGCAAGUUCAAUUGCCUCUACUUAUCGAACCACCACAAUUUCUGAAGCAAUUAUUGGAAUAUAAUGGAAGACGUCAAGCUAAACAUUUUCGAGAGAAUAUCAGAGCUUUUAACAUGAUGUAUGCAUUCACAUCGAUGGGUGGUUGUAUUGACAACACCAUAAAUGAUGGACGUGGCCCGUACGUUUUUCGAAUCAAUGGGCAAAAUCAUCAUAAAAUAGGGUCUCUUAUACCUCCUGAUGGUCGUCUUGGAACUUUCGCACAGUUUUAUGUUCAUGACACACAAAAUGAGGUCAGGAAUAGGAUGCAUCCAUUUAGUACAGUAAACAGAAAUUGUGAUUUGGAUCCUGAAAUUGUCAAUGGAUUGAAAGAGAUGUUGGACGAGUAUAAUCCACUUGCAAAGGCAUUUCGAAUGGCAAGGGACAGGUUUCAGGAAUCCAAUUACAUGUCAGUUCGUUUGAGAUUGAUUGGUACUCGAUCUCGAGAUGGAAGACAAUACAACUUACCAACAUCAUCAGAAGUAGCUGCACUUAUAGUCGGUGAUGGAGAGCAGGCAAGGGGAAAUCGAGAUAUUAUUGUUGAGGAAAAAACUAUGGGGUUAAAAAGAAUCACUGAAUUGCAUCCAAGUUUUAUGGCGAUGCAAUAUCCAAUCAUAUUUCCUUAUGGUGAAGAUGGUUUUAGGGUGAACAUACCAAGAAAUGUGUCUCCAAAUCCAAGAAAGAGUAACGGUAAUUUAUUUCAGCAGUAUAUUGUUGAUGCUUUUGCUGCAAUUGAGGAAAAUAAUUUGAAUUGGAUUUGUGCCAAUCAGCAAAAGAUUAGAGCAGAAUUAUACAAAGGUUUGCAAGAUAAUGUGGUACGAGGUGAUACGACACCUGCAUCAGCAGGAAAAAGGUUGGUUUUGCCUUCAACUUUUACCGGUGGACCAAGAUAUAUGGUUCAAAAUUAUCAAGAUGCAAUAGCAAUAUGCAGAUUCAUGGGUCCUCCUGAUCUUUUUAUUACUUUCACAUGCAAUUCUAAUUGGCCAGAAAUCAGCAAGGGUAUAAGUUUGAUCCCUGAUCAGAAAGUUGUGGAUCGACCUGAUAUCGUUGCACGUGUUUUUCACAUAAAAUUAGAUCAAUUGAUGAAUGAUUUAACACAUGGACAGCAUUUUGGCAAGGUGAUGGCAGCAUUAUAUACAAUUGAGUUUCAAAAGAGAGGGUUGCCCCAUGCGCAUAAUCUGUUAUUCUUACAUCCAGAUGAUAAGUGCACUACACCAAGAGAUGUUGAUCGAAUCAUUUCAGCCGAAUUGCUAGAUAAGAAUACUGAUCCAAUAGCUUAUGAAGCAGUUUUACAAUUUAUGUCACACGGACCAUGUGGACCAGCUAAUACAAGGUCACCGUGUAUGGAAAAUGGAAAGUGCAGUAAACAUUAUCCCAAAUAUUUUCAGACUGAAACAAUAAUUGAUGAAAACGAUUUUCCAGUAUACAGGAGAAGGGACAAUGGACGAGAAGGUAUUAAAGCUGGUGUGAAAAUUGAUAAUCGAUGGAUCAUUCCUCAUACUGUUGAUUUGGUUGUCAAAUAUUGGGGACAUGUUUGUGUUGAAUUGUGCAAUCAGGGCAGGUCUAUAAAAUAUUUAUUCAAAUAUGUGAAUAAAGGAUAUGAUAGAGCCACUUUUGUCAUUGAGGAAAAUGAUGCAACUGAUGGACAGAGUGGAACACGAGUUGUUCGUGAAGUGGAUGAGAUAAAAAGAUAUCUAGAUUGCCAAUAUAUAUCAGCAUCAGAGGCUUGCUGGAGAAUUUUUUAUUUUGACAUCCAAUAUCGGAGUAUUGCCGUUCAAAGAUUAAAUUUUCAUCUUCCAAAUGAACAGCCUGUGCUAUUUGGUGAUAAUGAUCCUUUGGAUGAAGUAUUAAAUAGAGCAGAAGAACAUAGUACAAUGUUCAUUGAAUGGAUGAAAACGAACUCCACAGAUACAUCUGCUCAACAGUUGACUUAUGCAGAUUUUCCUACACAAUGGACAUGGAAAAAGAAGUUGAGAAAAUGGGUUAAACGGAAGUUUGGUCGAUCAAUAGGUAGAAUUUUUUAUGCUCAUCCUUCAACUGGAGAAAGAUUCUACUUACGCAUGUUAUUGAACAUUGUCAAAGGUCCAAGGUCAUUUGAGGAGAUUAGGACAGUUAACGGAGUCGUGCAUCCAACGUUUAAAGCGGCAUGUCAAGCGUUGAGAUUAUUGGGUAGUGAUGAAGAAUGGCAUAAUGCUAUAAGAGAAGCAGCAAAUUGGCAAACAGGUCAGCAAUUACGUGAAUUAUUUGUGACCAUGUUAUUAUUUUCUGAGGUAUCUAAUCCAUUAGAUUUAUGGGAGAAAAAUUGGGAGUUUCUUUCUGAUGACAUAUCCUAUCGACAACGUUGUAUACUUGGAGAUAAUUUUAUAUCUUUCAGUGAUUCCCAAAUAAAGAAUUAUGCACUUUAUGAAGUUGAAAAAAUUCUCAAUCGAAAUAGUAGAAGUUUGAAAGAAUUUCCUGGAAUUCCAUUUCCUGAUAUGCUAUUGGAUAAUGAUAAUCGAAAUCGGUUUAUUAUUGAGGAAUUGAAUUAUAAUAGGGAAAUUCUUGCACAAGAACACUUUCAACUACAAAGUGGGUUGAAUGAGCAACAACUACAAGUGUAUAAUGCAGUCAUUCAUGCUGUUGAUUAUGGUCUCGGUGGUCUCUUUUUUGUUUAUGGUAGUGGAGGAAUAGGAAAGACUUAUUUGUGGAGAACUAUAAUUGCUCGAUUACGUUCACAAGGAAAAAUAGUUUUGGUGGUAGCAUCUUCUGGUAUAGCUUCUCUAUUGUUGCCUGGUGGAAGGACAGCUCAUUCGAGAUUUAAAAUUCCUAUAAUUAUAGAUGGUGAUUCUACUUGCGCAAUAUCACAGGGAUCACAAUUGGCUGAGUUAAUUUGUAAAGCAUCAUUGAUUAUUUGGGAUGAAGCUAUAAUGUUACAUCGAAAUAUUUUUGAAGCGGUUGACAGAACAUUCAGGGAUAUCUUACGCUUUCAUGAUCCUGACUCUGAGCACAAAGUUUUUGGUGGCAAAACUAUGUUACUUGAUGGUGAUUUCAGGCAAAUUCUUCCUGUCGUACCCAAAAGGGGUAGAACUGAAAUUGUUGCUUCAUCAAUUAAUCGAUCUUCUUUGCUUUGGGGUCAUUGUCAUUUAUAUCUAUUAUCUUUGAAUAUGCGUAUACGAGCUAAUGACAUGCAUUCAGAUUCUGUUGAAAGUUUAGAAGAAUUCAGCAAAUGGAUUUUAGAUUUGGGUGAAGGAAAAUUAUCAGCUAUUUCCUUUGAUGAUGAAGACGAAUCUACUUGGAUAGAGAUUCCUAAUAAUCUACUCAUUCCUCAGGAUACUGACUGCAUACACCGCAUCAUUGAUAGUACGUAUCCUGAUCUAUUGGCUAAUUAUAAUAAUGCUUCAUAUCUUCGCAAUAGAGCUAUUCUUGCCCCGACCAAUGAUGUUGUUGAUGAAGUAAAUUCUGUUAUUCUAUCAUCCAUUCUUGGCCAAUCUAGGAUAUACUUAAGUGCUGAUAGAAUCUGUCCCACCUCUGAUUGCGGACUUGAGCAAGCUUCUUUAUACCCGGUUGAGUUUUUGAAUACACUUAAAUUCUCUGGAAUUCCAAAUCAUUCAAUUGAGUUAAAGGUUGGAAUUCCAAUUAUUCUGCUACGCAAUAUGAAUCAGAGUCGGGGUCUGUGCAAUGGUACACGGUUGAUAAUUACAAAUCUGGGAGAUAACAUCAUAGAAGCUGAAAUGAUUACAGGGUCAAGUAUAGGGACAAGAUUUUUCAUUCACAGGAUUGACAUGACUCCUACGGAUUCAAAAUGGCCUUUUGUGAUGAUUCGACGUCAGUUUCCUAUUAAGGUUUGUUUUGCUAUGAUAAUAAAUAAGAGUCAAGGCCAAACUUUUGAUAACGUUGGAGUGUACUUGACAAAACCUGUAUUUAGUCACGGCCAAUUAUACGUUGCUGCUUCUCGAGUAACCUCCCGUCAAGGAUUGAAGUUUUUGAUCAAGGAUGAUCGAAAUCCGGAAAAUCGUCGUACAAGAAAUAUUGUUUAUCGAGACAUAUAUGAUAAUUUACGCAUUGGUAUAGGUUAA